UUGUAAAUCCAUUACAGAGGUGACUGGUUGGAUAGUUACCGGGGAAAGGCAGGCAGAGCGCAUAAGGUGAUUGUACUUGAAAACAAUAUUAAGACAGGACAUUGCAUUCUUCGACACUGAAACUACCACCAGAGAGGUCAUUGGUAGAAUGUCUGGCGAUACAAUUCUCAUCCAAGAUGCUAUGGGUGAAAAGGUAGGAAAGUUCAUACAACUGAUGUCAACAUUUAUCGGAGGAUUUGCCAUUGCCUUUGCUAGAGGAUGGCUUCUCUCAUUAGUCUUGCUUACGUGCAUUCCCGCUCUAGUCAUUGCCGAUGGAGGCAUGGCCAUAAUCAUGACAAGAAUGUCUAGCUGUGGACAAGUUGCUUAUGCAGAGGCUGGAAAUGUUGUUGAACAAACGGUCGGAGGCAUUAGAACGGUGGCAUCCUUCACCGGAGAGAAGCUAGCAAUAAAUAAGUACAACAGCAAACUGCAGAUUGCCUAUGCCGCUACUACUCAACCAGUAAUCAUUUUCAGUAGUUAUGGACUUGCCAUAUGGUAUGGAUCAAAACUGAUCAUCGACAAAGGAUACAAUGGUGGAGUAGUCAUUAAUGUCAUCAUGGCCAUCAUGACUGGUGGAAUGUCAUUGGGCCAGACGUCCCCGUGCUUGAAUUCAUUUGCUGCAGGGCAAGCAGCAGCAUACAAGAUGUUUGAGACAAUCAAGCGAAAACCACAGAUUGAUGCGUAUGACACAAGUGGGAUUGUAAUGGAAGAUAUAAAGGGCGAAAUUGAACUGAAAGACGUGCACUUCAGAUACCCGGCCAGGCCCGACGUUCAGAUAUUCUCUGGAUUCUCUUUACAGGUUCCAAGUGGCACAACCACAGCCUUAGUUGGGCAAAGUGGAAGCGGGAAAUCAACAGUUAUCAGCCUAUUGCAGAGAUUCUAUGACCCUGAAGCCGGUGAAGUGCUCAUAGAUGGUAUCAAUUUGAAGAAGUUUCAACUCAAAUGGAUAAGAGAGAAAAUGGGUCUUGUUAGUCAAGAGCCUAUUUUGUUUGGCACUACAAUAGGAGAGAAUAUAGCAUAUGGAAAGGAAAAUGCUACCAAUGAAGAGAUUAGAACAGCAAUAGAGCUUGCUAACGCAGCCAAGUUCAUCGACAAGCUUCCAAAGGGGCUUGACACUAUGGUAGGAGAGCAUGGAAGCCAACUAUCUGGUGGACAAAAGCAAAGAAUAGCAAUUGCAAGAGCAAUUCUAAAGAACCUGAAAAUUCUUCUCCUUGAUGAAGCAACAAGCGCUCUAGACGCCGAGUCAGAACGUGUUGUACAAGAUGCGCUGACAAACAUUAUGUCAAACAGGACUACUAUGGUAGUUGCACACUGUCUGACAACAAUCAGAAAUACAGAUGAUAAGAAACGCCGCCAAGUGUCCAUUAAACGCCUAAUGUACCUAAAACCAGAGUUGCCGGUUUUGCUGCUUGGAUCCAUUGCUGCAGGCAUUAAUGGUGUAACCUUCCCUAUAUUUGGACUCCUACUUUCAACAGCUAUUAAAAUUUUCUAUGAACCACACGAUGAGCUAAGAAAGGACUCAAGGUUUUGGGCACUUAUGUUUGUGGGACUCGGUGUUGUUAUUCUGUUUGUCGCACCAGUGCAGAAUUACUUCUUUGGAAUUGCAGGCGGUAGGUUGAUAAUGCAAAUUCGCGCCUUGAUGUUUGAGAAGGCUGUCCAUCAAGAAAUCAGUUGGUUUGAUAACCCUAAAAAUUCAAGUGGUGCAGUUGGAGCAAGGUUGUCUACUGAUGCUUUAACAGUGAGGAGUCUUGUGGGUGAUUCAUUGGCCCAAAUUGUACAGAACAUAACAACAAUUAUAGCAGGGCUUGUCAUAUCAUUCACAGCUAAUUGGAUGUUGGCACUCAUAAUUCUAUCUGUGUUGCCCUUGGUGGGAUUGCAAGGAUUCUUUCAAAUUAAAUUCUUAAAAGGGUUCAUUGAAGAUGCCAAGGUGAUGUAUGAAGAUGCAAGCCAAGUUGCAAACGAUGCCGUGGGCAGCAUUAGAACAGUUGCAUCAUUUUGUGCUGAAAAGAAAGUGAUAGAAAUGUAUAAAAACAAAUGUGAGGCCCCCAUGAAACAUGGAGUUAGGAUUGGACUUGUGAGUGGUAUUGGCUUUGGAUCUAGUCUUUUUGCACUCUACUGCACAUAUGCCUUCUGUUUCUACAUUGGAGCUGUUCUAGUGCAACAUGGGAAAGCUACUUUUGGGGAAGUUUUCAAGGUUUUCUUUGCUUUGACAAUUUCAGCAAUGGGUGUUUCCCAAACCACUGCUUUAGCCCCAGACACCAACAAAGCUAAGGACUCUGCUGCUUCUAUCUUUGAAAUUAUUGACAGCAAGCCCAAGAUUGAUUCAAGCAGCAAUGAAGGCACAACCCUAGCAACCAUAACUGGAGAUAUUGAGUUCAAACAUGUCAGCUUCAAUUACCCAACACGACCCGAUGUUCAAAUUUUCAGAGAUUUAUGCUUAACCAUUCCUUCUGGAAAGCCAAAAAUUUUAUCACUGAAUGUUGCUCUUGUUGGGGAAAGUGGUAGCGGGAAGUCCACCGUAAUAAGCCUAAUUGAGAGAUUCUAUGAUCCCGAGUCUGGCCAUAUAUUUCUAGAUGGAGUGGAGAUCCAAAAGCUCAAACUGAGCUGGUUAAGGCAACAAAUGGGGUUGGUAAGUCAAGCACCAGUACUUUUCAAUGAAACGAUCUGGACUAACAUAGCUUAUGGGAAGCAAGGAGAAGCUGCUGAAGAAGAGAUCAUUGCAGCCGCGAAAGCAGCGAAUGUACACAACUUCAUAUCGGCAUUGCCACAUGGCUAUGACACCAAUGUCGGGGAGAGAGGGGUUCAAUUAUCGGGCGGUCAGAAGCAACGGAUAGCCAUUGCAAGGGCAAUAGUGAAAGGCCCUAAGAUCCUCUUACUUCACGAAGCAACGAGUGCGUUAGAUGCAGAAUCAGAGCGUGUGGUGCAAGAUGCAUUGGACAGAGUGAUGAUGAAUAGAACUACCAUUGUUGUUGCUCACCGGCUCACCACCAUUAGAUGUGCUGAUGUAAUAGCCGUUGUGAAGAAUGGGGUGAUUGCAGAGAAAGGAACACAUGAUGUGCUCAUGAAGAUCACUGAUGGUGCAUAUGCAUCUCUAGUGGCACUUCACAUGGCAUCCUCAAAGUAGACACAAACCAUUGAU